AUGGCCCCCCAGAAGAAGAGCAAGAAGGAUGCCAACAGCAUCAACUCCAAGUUGGCGCUUGUUAUGAAGUCCGGAAAGGUCACUCUUGGAUACAAGUCUACCCUCAAGAGCCUCCGAUCCGGCAAGGCCAAGCUCAUCAUCAUUGCUGGCAACACUCCUCCUCUCCGCAAGAGUGAGCUCGAGUACUACAGCAUGCUGUCCAAGGCCCCCAUCCACCACUUCUCCGGCAACAACAUUGAGCUCGGUACCGCUUGCGGUAAGCUCUUCCGUUGCUCCACCAUGGCCAUCCUCGACGCUGGUGACUCCGAUAUCCUCAGCGACCAGCAGGCUUAA